AUGGCAGACGCGCAGGCGACAGGCCUGGCAUCCGCCGCUCCUUUCGACCCCUACAGCCAGACCUUCGUCCUCAUCAUGCCGGAUGGCGAGACUCAAGCCGCGAUUCGUCUCUCCGACGUAUUCUUCUUGCAGACCCUCGCCGUCAGCACAGCCAUCAUCUACGCCAUCCAGAUCGGCGUCUGCGCCCUGCUGUUGCUGGUCCUUCUCCUCAUGACCAAGCCCGACAAGCGACGAAGCGUCGUCUUCAUCCUCAACAUCGCGUCUCUGGUCUUCCUGCUCCUUCGCGCCAUCCUUCUGUGCCAAGCACUCAACGGCCCCCUCUAUAACUUCUACAACUGGGUCAACACCUAUUACGCACAGGUCGGCGAUGCUGCAGAUGUCACAAAGGCCUCUGAAGUCUUCAGCUUCCUCUCAAUCGCCGCGACUGAGUUGUCGAUGCUCUUCCAGACCCAGAUCGUCUGCUGUACCAUCAAGACCUUCUGGCGCCACCUCAUCAGCACAGUAUGUAUCCUUGUGGCUCUGGUAACGAUCAGCGUUCGCUUCGCUGCUAUGGUCGUCAACAUCAAGUGGGGCAUUCUGGACAUUGGAUCCAUAACGCUCGAGCAGCAGAACACCAUCGACCGCCUUUCUUCCGGCUUCAACAUCUGCACGAUGAUCAGCAUCAUCGUUUACAGUUCGAUCUUCUGCGCCAAGCUCGGCCAUGCCAUCUAUCAGCGCCGCAAGAUGGGCAUGAAGCAGUUCGGUCCCAUGCAAAUAAUAUUUGUGAUGGGGUGCCAGACCUUGUUCAUCCCUGGUCAGUCUUUCCCAAUCCUUCCACCAUGAGCAAUCAGCUAACAACGUCUCAGUCAUCUUCGGUAUCAUCUCCUACUGGGUCCUCGUGAACGCCCAGCUCUACAGCUUCAUGCCCGUGGUCGUCGCCGUCUUCCUUCCUCUCUCGGGCAUGUGGGCCUCCACCAGCACGAACGGCAACAACAACAUCGCUGCCCCACAGCAAUGGCAACAGCGCAAGAACACAGCAGCUCAGCAAUACAGCCAAGGCAGCCGCGACAAGCAACUGCUGGGUACAGCGGGGACUUCCGAUACGCUUGUUGCAGAUGGCAGGGCGGAGAGCUUCUCCGGCGCUAGUCCCUCGAAGCAUGGCCACGUUGCCACGGUCGAGCGCGACAGCAUCGACUUGGAGAUGGCGAAGAUGGGACACCAGGUCAAGAUCAAUCGUUCCUACAGUGUCAGAUCCGACUAG